AUGGGUGCUACCAUUAGUAAUUGUUGUCAGUUAGAAGCUGAAGGAAUUAGUCCUUACCAAAACUCUUAUUUAAACCCUGGCAAGGCUCGUGAGCUUUCCAAGCGAUCCAACAAGGUCGGCAAAAAGAAGAAUGUGAGGUUCGUAGAUGGAAAAAAAUCUACAGCCGAGCAGCAAUCUACGUGUAAUGCUUCUUCCAAUAGGGAGGAGUACUCUCACCUAGCUGAUGCAUCUUCUCCGUCCAAAAAGUGCAUGGAUUUGGAAAGGCAUAAUGCCAAUGCCUCUUUGAGAAAUUCACAGUCUGGGUUAGAACCUUCCUUCAUCAAGCAUGUGCAAGAUAUUAAAUCUAUCUUCGUAUUUGAUGAGAAGAUAGGAGACGGAAAAUUCGGAACCGUCUUCCUUGCCCACCCUCGGAACGACCUGGAGUCCAAUGUGGCUAUCAAGUUAAUUCCACAGGAAUCUUUCUCGCACAGAAUUGAGAAGGAGUUGCUCUUGCUGAAAAAUAUCGAUCAUAACAACGUGAUCCGAUACAUUUCAGCAUACAAGGACAAUGAGUACUACUACAUUGUCACAGAGCACUGUGAGGGAGGAGAGCUGUUCCAGAAAAUCACCGAUGACGGAUGCAUCGAUGAACUCGAAGCUUGAGGCAUCAUUCACCAGGUCCUCAAAACUGUCAAAUUUCUGCAUGAUAAAGAAAUCUGACAUCGUGAUAUAAAGCCUGAGAAUAUUCUCUUCAAGAGGAAGGACCAUAAUAAGAUAAAACUCAUUGAUUUUGGCCUGAGCAAGCAACUUCUGAAAGGAGAAGUUAUGCACAAAAAGCUAGGCACGCCAUAUUAUUUGGCCCCAGAGAUCCUAGAAGAAAGAUAUGAAAAGGAAGUCGACCUCUGGAGCAUCGGAGUAGUCACUUAUGUUGUACUGUGAGGGUAUCCACCAUUCUACGGUAAUGAUGCCAAAGAACUUUUUACUAAUAUCUACCAUGUUGACUAUGAAUUCUGCGAAGAAGACUGGAGUUUCAUCUCCGAUGAAGCUAAGGACUUUAUAUCCAGAUUAUUACUCAAAAAUCCGAAGGAACGUCUGACUGUAGAUCAAGCACUUGAACAUCCUUGGAUCUUGUCAAAUUUUAUGCAAUCUGAAAACAGCAUUAAGCAAGAACUCAACUCGAACUGUUCAGAUGUUCACCAGCUCAGGAAGAAGGAGCUUGAUUACACAACCGAAGCAUGAAGUAAAAGUUCCGAAUGUGCAACAUUGGAUAGCUACGAGAAAUCUCUAGCUGAAAUGUUUUAA